CUUAUCUGUCAAGAAGCCGUUCUCCCCUCAGCUUCCCCACUGUCCCCAGGGCCUCGAGCACUACAUCUCCAGAGCUCUCCCUGUCCAGCCACCAUGACAGGCACGCCUGUGGAGGAAUCCCUCUUCCAAAUCAUCCGCUGCUACCACCAGUAUGCGGCCCGGGAGGGGGACGUGGAGACGCUGUCCCUGGAGGAGUUGAAGGCUCUGCUUAUGGACAGUGUACCCUGCUUCGUGGAGAGCCUGGUGUGUGAGGGCCGGAAGGAGCCCUACUACAUCUCAGAGCUGUUCCGGGCUGCUGACAAGAACAAGGACGACCAGAUCUGCUUUGACGAGUUCCUCUUCGUCCUGGGCCGGCUGGUGAGGGACUACCACCUGCGGUACCACCGGCGGCGGCUUGCCGGCUACUGUGCCCAGCACGGCCUCCGCUAGCAGCGUCUGCCCGAGGGGCCUGCCUGGGAGCAGAUGGAGAGCAUGUAUGUGCAGCCGACAGCUGUGAGGGAAGAGAAUAAAGCAACCCCAUGAAUGUG